AGGCAAAUAGAGAUGGGAAGCUGCUUGAGUAGCACUGCGAAUUCUACCUCCAGCCCUGGCAUCUUCAACCGGCCUCCAACUACAGUCUGCACCGACGAGAUUGCACUGUCAACGGGCAGAGACCUCGAUGACACCGUAGAAACCCUUCGGGUUUUUACAUUUAAGGAACUGGCGAGUGCCACUGGCAACUUCAAAGGCGGAAAUGAAAUCGGGGAAGGAUCAUUUGGAAUGGUUUACAAGGGUUGGCUCCACAAGGACACGCUCGGUCCGGCCAACAAUGGCCGAGGGAUGGCCGUCGCUGUCAAAUACAGGAAACCUCAUAGCUUCUCCGGAUCCGAGGAAUGGCAGAAAGAGGUAAGCGUUCUCGGAAGGAUUACCCACCCCAACCUCAUCGCUUUGCUCGGCUACUGCCGGGAAGAUGACAAGCUCCUCCUCGUCUACGAGUUCAUGGAGAACGGGAGCUUGCAGAAUCGCCUCUUAGAAAGAAGAGGAGCAGAGGCGAAGGCACUACUCUCAUGGGAGCAAAGGUUGCACAUAGCUGCCGGCGCUGCUCGAGCUCUUGCAUUUUUGCAUUCUCCGGAGAACAACAUCAUCCAUCGCGACUUCCAUCCCGCCCACAUCCUUCUUGAUUCAAACUUCAAUCCGAAGAUUUCUGGUCUGGGGUUAGCAAAGGAUGGCCCGACUGAAGCAGACUCGCAUCUCUCCACACGGAUCAUGGGGACGUAUGGAUUUGCAGCGCCAGAAUAUAUAGCGGCCGGUCAUUUGACUGCUAAGGCCGAUGUGUAUGGAUUUGGUGUAGUUUUGUUGAUCUUGCUCUCCGGUAAAGGAGCCAUCGAUGCGAAUCGAUCUGGACGACUCCAUCUGGUAGAGUUGGCCAAAUCCCAUCUCUCCAAUCGUAAAAAGUUGGCAAAAAUGAUGGAUCCUGCAUUGGAGGGAAAGUGUCCCAUGAAAGCCGCUCUCGGUGUGGCAAAACUUGCUGAGAGGUGCGUCAAUGAUGAUCACAGAAGUCGUCCCUCCAUGGAUGAAGUCGUGGAGAUCAUUCAGCGGGUUCAAAGUUCAAACUAUCAAAGCGAGCAAGUAAUGAAUGGUGAUUAUGUGACAAAUUAAAUUUCAGGGGAACAAAUUCAAAAGGACAGCCUUUUUAUUAGAAUGAUCUACAACUCGUUUUUAUUUAUUAUUAAAAUAAUACUUCAUUUCUCCUUAAUUUAAUUUUAUAUUUAAAAUAUCUUUUAUUACCCGAUUAUAAAACAAAAUAUGUUGUAACAGUUGUAAUCUGAUACAA